AUGGAAAGCCUUAUCACGAAGAUACAGCAGGAGGCUGCCUCAGCCAACUAUGUAGACCGCAAAAAGCUUCUAGACAGCUUGCGAGACUUGCAAUACAGCAUCGAGGCCCCUGAGGACGCCAUGCAGAGAGUGAUACACAUGAAUCUUCACUUUGCUUCAAUCCGCACGGCUCUUGACUUGAAUCUUUUCAAUGAUAUCCUUGACAAUGUGGAACCAUUGACUGUCGAUCAGUUAGCAGCCAAGAACUCUGCAGAUCCUCUGCUUCUCGGUCGUAUUCUCCGGUAUCUGGCGUCGCUUGGAGUGAUCAAAGAGACUGGCAUAGAUACAUUUGCUGCGACACCAUAUACAUCCAAUCUCGCAAGACCCGAGAUCCAGGCCGGACUGUACGUCUACUUUGACAUGUGUAAUCCAACAUAUCAAGAAAUGCCUCGUUACCUUGCGGCAACUGGUUACAAGAACCCUACAAGUUUCACAGACGGCAUUUUCCAAAGGGCUCACCAAACUGAAUUGCACACAUUUGCCUUCGUUCAUGGCGAUCCGGUGAGAAGUGCCCACUUCAAUCAUUUUAUGAAAGCACAACGCGGCUCCCAACCUAAAUGCUUUGACCUUUACCCCUUUGAUGAGGAAAGUAAAGGCUGGCCAUCAGAAAAGCCACUGUUUGUGGAUGUUGGUGGUGGUGCCGGGUAUCAAACUGCAGCCUUCAAGGAGCAAUUUCCGAACCUUCCUGGUCGUGUGAUCUUGCAGGAUCUGCCGGAGCCAGUCGAGGACGCAAAAUCGGUAGUCCCGGCGGAUGUCAAGCGAAUGGUGCAUAACUUCUUCGAACCGCAGCCCAUCAAAGGUGCCAAGUUCUACUAUAUGCGAAUGAUUUUGCAUGACCAUACAGAUGAGAAUAGCAAGAAGAUCCUGAGUAAUCUAGUACCUGCCCUGGAGAAAGAUUCUCUCAUUCUGCUUGAUGAAAUGGUUUUGCCCGCUCAACACGUGGAUGAGGCAUCCACACAAGCGGAUCUUACCAUGAUGGCUUUCCACAGCUCGAUGGAGCGAUCGGAAGAACAAUGGGCGAAGCUUGUAGGAGAGGUAGGACUGAAGAUCAAGAAAGUGGUGCCGUAUGCACCGGGCUUUAACCUGGGAGUUGUUGCAUGUGGGCUCUAA